CAGAGCCCGAUUUAAUAAGGCGGUGAAUUCGGUUGUUUGACUUUGGUUUGCUCCUUUCACUCCGCUAAUUGGAGCCAAUUUGCAAGCAAACAUUAUUGAAUGUUUGACCAAAUUUGACGAAGUGCGAAAUUUGCGAGAUCUGUUAACGACAUCGCGAAAAAAUAACAAAAGGCGCAUUUAAACCAGAACUAAAACGUGUUCACGACUACAAGUGCAUCACAGAGAACAGAGAGUGCUUCGCUUACAAGUACACGAAAAUAAACCCAUCGAAGAUGCCCCCUGCAAACUGUUACCUGGCGCUCGAGGAUGGCACCGUGAUGCCGGGCUACUCCUUUGGCCACGUUCCUGCGGACAAGUCAGGAGGAGUGGGCGGCGAGGUGGUGUUCCAAACGGGCAUGGUCGGCUACACGGAGGCGCUAACUGACCGCUCCUACAGCGGCCAGAUCCUGGUGCUGACGUAUCCGCUGAUCGGCAACUAUGGCGUGCCGGCGCCCGACGAGGACGAGCACGGACUGCCGCUGCACUUCGAGUGGAUGCAGGGCGUCGUCCAGGCCACCGCCUUGGUGGUGGGCGAGGUGGCCGACGAGGCCUGGCACUGGCGCGCCUCGAAGACGCUGCCCGAGUGGCUGGUGCAGCACCAGGUGCCCGGCAUCAGUGGCAUCGACACCCGAGCCCUCACCAAAAAGCUGCGGGAGCAGGGCAGCCUGCUGGGCAGGAUCGUCUACGAGGAGCCGCCGCUCCAGGGUCUGCCGAAGUCUAGCUUCGUGGACCCGAACACCAGGAAUCUGGCCAGGGAGUGCAGCGUGAAGGAGCGACGAGUGUUCGGGGAUCCCAAUGGCAAGGGCCCGCGGAUCGCCAUCCUCGACUGCGGCCUGAAGCUCAACCAGCUGCGUUGCCUGCUGCAGCGGGGCGCCUCGGUCACCCUGCUCCCCUGGAGCGCUCGCCUCGAGGAGGAGCAGUUCGACGCCCUCUUCCUGUCCAACGGGCCCGGUAAUCCGGAGAGCUGUGACGAGAUCGUCCAACAGGUGCGCAAAGUGCUGGAGGAGGGGCAAAAGCCCGUGUUCGGCAUCUGCCUGGGCCACCAGCUGCUGGCGAAGGCCAUCGGCUGCUCCACGUACAAGAUGAAGUACGGCAAUCGGGGCCACAAUCUGCCCUGCUUGCACCGCGGCACGGGACGCUGCCUGAUGACGUCGCAGAACCACGGAUAUGCCGUGGAUCUGGAACAGUUGCCGCCGGGCUGGUCGGAGCUGUUCGUGAAUGCCAACGAUGGCACCAACGAGGGCAUCGUGCACGCCAGCCGACCCUACUUCUCGGUGCAGUUCCAUCCGGAGCAUCAUGCCGGGCCCCAGGACUCCGAGUUCCUGUUCGACGUCUUCCUGGAGAGCAUUGCGCAGCGGGACGUGAGCAUUCCGCAGCUGAUUGAGCAGCGUCUGCGACCGAACAGAAAGCUCGAUCAGCCAGAGGAUCCCAGUCGCAGUCCAGUUAAGCCGGUGAGGAAGGUGCUGAUCCUGGGCUCCGGCGGCCUGUCGAUUGGCCAGGCCGGCGAGUUCGACUACUCCGGAUCGCAGGCCAUCAAGGCGAUGCGCGAGUCGAACAUCCAGACGGUGCUGAUCAACCCCAACAUAGCCACGGUGCAGACCUCCAAGGGGAUGGCCGACAAGUGCUACUUCCUGCCCCUCACGCCGCACUACGUGGAGCAGGUGAUCAAGUCGGAGCGGCCGAACGGAGUGCUGCUCACCUUUGGCGGCCAAACGGCCCUCAAUUGCGGCGUUGAACUGGACCGAGCCGGCGUCUUUGCCAAGUACAAUGUGCGCAUCCUGGGCACACCCAUUCAGUCCAUCAUCGAGACGGAGGAUCGCAAGCUCUUCGCCGAUCGCGUGAACGAGAUUGGCGAGCAGGUGGCCCCCUCGGAGGCCGUCUACUCCGUGGCCGAGGCGCUCGAUGCGGCCAGUCGCCUGGGCUAUCCGGUGAUGGCCCGGGCCGCCUUCUCGCUGGGCGGACUGGGCUCCGGCUUUGCCAACAACGAGCAGGAGCUGCAGAGUCUGGCGCAGCAGGCGUUGGCCCAUUCCAGCCAGCUGAUUGUGGACAAAUCGCUCAAGGGCUGGAAGGAGGUGGAGUACGAGGUGGUGCGAGACGCCUACGACAAUUGCAUCACCGUUUGCAACAUGGAGAACUUCGAUCCGCUGGGCAUCCACACGGGCGAGAGCAUAGUGGUGGCGCCAUCGCAAACACUCUCGGACCGCGAGUACCAAAUGCUGCGCAGCACCGCCUUGAAGGUGAUCCGUCACUUUGGCGUCGUCGGCGAGUGCAAUAUCCAGUACGCGCUGUGUCCCCACUCCGAGCAGUACUACAUCAUCGAGGUGAAUGCCCGACUGUCGCGCAGCUCGGCGCUGGCCAGCAAGGCCACUGGCUAUCCGCUGGCCUAUGUGGCCGCCAAGCUGGCCCUCGGUCUGGCCCUGCCGGACAUCAAGAACUCGGUGACGGGCAACACGACGGCCUGCUUCGAGCCCUCGCUCGACUACUGUGUGGUGAAGAUACCGCGCUGGGAUCUGGCCAAGUUUGUGCGGGUGAGCAAGCACAUUGGCAGCUCCAUGAAGAGCGUGGGCGAGGUGAUGUCCAUUGGGCGCAGCUUCGAGGAGGCCUUCCAGAAGGCCCUGCGCAUGGUCGACGGCGAUGUGCUGGGCUUUGAUCCGGAUGUGGUCACGCUCGAGCAGGAGCAGUUGGCCGAGCAGCUGUCGGAGCCCACGGAUCGUCGGCCCUUCGUCCUGGCCGCCGCUCUGAAGUCGGGCAUGUGCGUGGAUGAGCUGCAUCGCCUGACCAAGAUCGACUGCUGGUUCCUGCACAAGCUGUCCCGCAUCAUCGGCCUGCACUCCAUGCUGACCAAAACGGGCAGUCGGACGGGCGCCGACCUGCUGCUGCAGGCCAAGCGCUACGGAUUCUCAGACAAGCAGAUUGCCAAGGCCACCAAGAGCACGGAGCUGGCGGUGCGCCACCAGCGCCAGGAGUUCGGCAUUCGGCCGCAUGUCAAGCAAAUCGACACGGUGGCGGGCGAAUGGCCGGCGAGUACCAACUAUCUGUACAACACGUACAAUGGCAGCGAGCACGACGUGGCCUUCCCCGGCGGUCACACCAUUGUCGUCGGCUCGGGCGUCUAUCGCAUCGGUUCGUCCGUGGAGUUCGACUGGUGCGCCGUCGGCUGUCUGCGCGAACUGAGGAAGCUGCAGCGACCGACCAUCAUGAUCAACUACAAUCCGGAGACCGUGUCCACGGACUACGACAUGUGCGAUCGCCUGUACUUCGAGGAGAUCAGCUUCGAGGUGGUCAUGGACAUCUACGAGAUGGAGAGCAGCGAGGGCAUCAUCCUCUCCAUGGGCGGCCAGCUGCCCAACAACAUUGCCAUGGAUCUGCACCGCCAGCAGGCCCGCGUGCUGGGCACUUCGCCGGAGUCCAUCGACUGUGCAGAGAAUCGCUUUAAGUUCUCGCGCAUGCUCGAUCGCAAGGGCAUCCUGCAGCCGCGCUGGAAGGAGCUGACCAACCUGCAGUCGGCCAUCGACUUUUGCGAGGAGGUGGGCUAUCCGUGCCUGGUGCGACCCUCCUACGUCCUCUCGGGCGCGGCCAUGAACGUGGCCUACUCGAACCAGGACCUGGAGACCUAUCUGAAUGCCGCCUCCGAGGUGAGUCGCGAGCAUCCGGUUGUGAUCUCCAAGUUCCUCACCGAGGCCAAGGAGAUCGAUGUGGAUGCGGUGGCCGCCGACGGACGCAUCCUCUGCAUGGCCGUGUCGGAGCAUGUGGAGAAUGCGGGGGUGCAUUCGGGCGAUGCGACGCUGGUGACGCCGCCGCAGGACCUCAAUGCCGAGACACUGGAGGCCAUCAAGCGGAUCACCUGCGAUCUGGCCAGCGUGCUGGACGUCACCGGUCCCUUCAACAUGCAGCUCAUCGCCAAGAACAACGAGCUGAAGGUCAUCGAGUGCAAUGUGCGCGUCUCGCGCUCCUUCCCCUUCGUGUCCAAGACGCUGGACCAUGACUUUGUGGCCACCGCCACCAGGGCCAUUGUGGGCCUCGACGUGGAGCCCCUGGACGUGCUGCCGGGCGUGGGCAAGGUGGGCGUCAAGGUGCCACAGUUCAGCUUCUCCCGCCUCGCCGGCGCCGAUGUUCAGCUGGGCGUCGAGAUGGCCUCCACCGGCGAGGUGGCCUGCUUCGGCGACAACCGCUACGAGGCCUAUCUGAAGGCCAUGAUGUCCACCGGCUUCCAGAUACCCAAGAACGCCGUUCUCCUCUCCAUUGGCAGCUUCAAGCACAAGAUGGAGCUGCUGCCCUCGAUACGGGAUCUGGCCAAGAUGGGCUACAAGCUAUACGCUUCCAUGGGCACCGGUGACUUUUACGCCGAACAUGGCGUUGAUGUGGAAUCUGUGCAGUGGACGUUCGACAAGACGACGCCGGACGACAUCAACGGGGAGCUGAGGCACCUGGCCGAGUUCCUGGCCAACAAGCAGUUCGACCUGGUCAUCAACCUGCCCAUGAGCGGCGGCGGAGCGAGACGGGUAUCGUCCUUCAUGACCCAUGGAUAUCGCACCCGCCGUCUGGCCGUGGACUACUCGAUCCCGCUGGUGACCGACGUCAAGUGCACCAAGCUGCUGGUGGAGUCGAUGCGCAUGAUGGACGGCGGCAAGCCGGCGAUGAAGACGCACACGGACUGCAUGACCUCGCGCCGGAUUGUGAAGUUGCCGGGCUUCAUCGACGUGCAUGUGCACCUGCGCGAGCCGGGCGCCACGCACAAGGAGGACUUUGCCAGCGGCACAGCCGCCGCCCUGGCCGGCGGAGUGACCCUCGUGUGCGCCAUGCCCAAUACCAAUCCGUCGAUCGUGGACCGCGAGACAUUCGCCCAGUUCCAGGAGCUGGCCAAGGCCGGAGCCCGUUGCGACUAUGCCCUGUAUGUGGGCGCCUCGGACGCGAACUGGGCGCACGUACACGAGCUGGCCAGCCAGGCAUGCGGUUUGAAGAUGUACCUCAACGACACCUUCGGCACAUUGAGGCUGAGCGACAUGACCGCCUGGCAGCGGCACCUCUCCCACUGGCCCAAGCGGGCGCCCAUCGUCUGCCAUGCCGAGAAGCAGAGCACGGCGGCGGUGAUCAUGCUGGCCCAUCUGCUGGACCGUCCGGUGCACAUCUGCCAUGUGGCCCGCAAGGAGGAGAUCCAGCUGAUCCGCGCCGCCAAGGAGAAGGGCGUCAAGGUGACCUGCGAGGUGUGUCCGCACCACCUCUUCCUCAGCACCAAAGACGUGGAGCGGCUGGGCCAGGGCAUGGCCGAGGUGCGGCCGCUGCUCUGCUCGCCCGAGGACCAGGAGGCGCUGUGGGAGCACCUCGAGUACAUCGAUGUGUUUGCCACCGACCAUGCGCCGCACACGCUGGCGGAGAAGCGCGGGGAACGUCCGCCGCCGGGCUUCCCGGGCGUGGAGACCAUACUGCCGCUGCUCCUGCAGGCGGUGCACGAGGGCCGUCUGACGCUGGAGGACAUCAAGCGCAAGUUCCAUCGCAAUCCGCGCAACAUCUUCAAUUUGCCCGAGCAGGCGCACACCUAUGUGGAGGUGGACCUGGACGAGGAGUGGACCAUCACCGGCAGCGAGCUGAAGAGCAAGUCCGGCUGGACGCCGUUCGAGGGCACCAAGGUGAAGGGCCGCGUCCACCGGGUGGUGCUGCGCGGCGAGGUGGCCUUCAUCGAUGGCCAGGUGCUGGUGCAGCCCGGCUACGGCCUAAAUGUGCGCUCCAAGCCCGGCCAGCUGCCGUCGGAGGCGGCCCAAGAUCUGCUGCCCAGCGACAGCGAUGCCAAUGACUGCUUCGCCCGCCUGCUGACCGCCGAGGGUCAGGCCACCCAGGGCGCCCAGGGCUCAUCGUCCGCCAAGGUGCACUUCGUGGACGGCGCCAACUUCCUGCGCCCCAUUUCGCCGUCGCCACGCGUCCGUUUGGACUCCACCGGCAACACCACGCUGCGGGAGUACCUGCAGCGCACCUCCAGUCCCAAUCCGGUGGCCCACUCACUGGUGGGCAAGCACAUCCUGGCCGUCGACAUGUUCAACAAGGAGCACCUCAACGACAUCUUCAACCUGGCCCAGCUGCUCAAGUCGCGGGUAACCAAGGAUCGUCCGGUGGACGAGCUGCUGCGCGGCAAGAUCAUGGCCAGCGUCUUCUACGAGGUGAGCACGCGGACGCAGUGCAGCUUCGCCGCUGCCAUGCUGCGCCUGGGUGGCCGGGUGAUCACCAUGGACCAGAUCACGUCGUCCGUGAAGAAGGGCGAGACCCUGGAGGACAGCAUCAAGGUGAUGGCCAGCUACGCGGACGUCAUGGUGCUCCGUCAUCCCACUCCCGGAGCCGUCGCGCGCGCUGCCACCUUUUCCCGCAAGCCGCUGAUCAAUGCCGGCGACGGCGUGGGCGAGCAUCCCACGCAGGCGCUGCUGGACAUCUUCACCAUCCGCGAGGAGAUCGGCACGGUCAACGGCCUGACCAUCACGAUGGUGGGUGACCUGAAGAACGGCCGCACCGUCCACUCGCUGGCCCGCCUGCUGACCCUGUACAACGUGACCCUGCAGUAUGUGGCGCCGGAGAGCCUGCAGCUGCCCCGCGAGAUCGUCCAGUUCGUGCAGCAGCGCGGCAUCAAGCAGUUCUUCGCCAGCCGACUGGAGGAGGUCCUGCCCAGCACGGACGUGCUCUACAUGACGCGCAUACAGCGGGAGCGAUUCGACAGCGAGGCGGACUACCAAAACUGCUGCGGCCAGCUGGUGGUUACGCCCGAGCUGAUGACGCUGGCCAAGAAGCGCUCCAUCGUGCUGCAUCCGCUGCCUCGGCUGGACGAGAUUAGUCGCGAUUUCGACUCGGACCCGCGGGCCGCCUACUUCCGGCAGGCGGAGUACGGCAUGUACAUCCGGAUGGCCCUGCUCGCCAUGGUUGUCGGCGGUCGCAACACGGCGCUCUAGAGGAUUCCGCCCCGGCCAACCCACUCCAUGACUCUCCAUUUUUUGUAUACAACUUUUUAUACUUUUUAUAUGUGCUGCAGCAUACGAAUAUAUUGUUCCAUUUGGUUAAA